AUGUGGACAGACAUCGCAGCGCGCAAGCGACACCUGAGAGACCAACUCAUUGCCCCAUACCAGGACAAUGUCGAUCGUCCACCCCAGGUCCAAAAUGUCCAUGAACGCAGCCAAAUCGAAUCAGAACCCCAAGUGCAGAAGAUCACGGAUAUCGACAAUGUGGCCUCCCUACUCAAACAGAUUGAGAAAGGGGAAUGGAGUGCGGAAGAUGUGACCCGGGCUUAUAUUAAACGAUCGGUGGUGGCACAACAGCUGACCAAUUGUCUGACAGAGAUCUUGUUCGAAGACGCGCUACAGCAAGCGCGACAGCUAGACCUCGAGUUUAAAGAGACCGGUGCGCUCAAAGGUCCUCUACAUGGUAUCCCCGUCACACUGAAAGACCAAUUCAAUGUCAAGGGCGUCGACACCACGCUCGGCUAUGUGGGGAGAUCGUUUGCACCAGCCACGGAAGACGCGGUCCUGGUGCAGAUGUUGAAGAGCAUGGGCGCCAUCGUCAUCGCCAAGACGAACAUCCCCCAGAGUAUUAUGUGGGCCGAGACUGAGAACCCCCUCUGGGGACUCACCACGAACCCUCGGAACCCGGACUUCUCACCGGGAGGGUCAACAGGGGGCGAAGGGGCCUUACUGGCCCUGCAUGGCUCCCUGAUGGGAUUUGGAACGGAUAUCGGAGGGAGUGUCAGAAUUCCGUCCAGUACCCUGGGAUUAUAUGGGUUCAAGCCAAGUAGUGCCCGACUCCCUUACCAGGGGGUACCUGUCUCUACAGAGGGCCAGGAACAUGUCCCCUCGUCCAUUGGACCCAUGGCCCGAGAUCUUUCCUCGAUCUGCUACGUGAGUCGGCUCAUCGCGAACAGCCAGCCGUGGAAUCAUGACCCGAAAUGUGUUCCUCUCGCUUGGAAUGAAGAUGCAUUCCAAGAGAUCCAAGAGAGGAAGAUGGUCAUUGGUCUGAUCCUGGACGAUGGCAUGGUCAAAGUCCACCCGCCCAUUGCACGUGCGCUCAAAGAGCUAUCCGCUCUGCUGGAAGCGAAUGGCCAUGAAGUGGUGAUUUGGGAUACCGCACUGCAUGCAUCGUGCAUUGAGAUUAUGGAUUUGUUCUACUCGGUCGAUGGAUGCGAAGAUAUCAGACGAGAUAUCGAGGCCGGUGGGGAGCCGAUGAUUCCCCAUGUCGAAAUGCUAGUCAAUCGUGGCAAAGCGAUCUCGGUAUACGAGUAUUGGCAGUUGAACAAGCGGAAGAUUGCCGCGCAGAAGCGGUACCUGGACCAGUGGAAUGGGGUCCGCUCAAAGUCUGGUCAACCCGUCGAUGUUUUGCUGAGUCCGACUUUGCCUCAUACAACGGUGCCGCACCGGAAGAUGAAAUGGGUGGGAUAUACCAAGAUUUGGAAUCUGCUGGACUACCCUGCCGUGACCUUCCCAGUGGAUCGAGUCCGGGCAGACGAUGUGUUGCCGGAGUAUGUCCCUAGAAACACCCUCGAUGAGUGGAAUUGGAACCUGUAUGAUGCAAAGCAAGUGGAGGGUUAUCCGGUGAACCUGCAAGUGAUCGGGAAGAAACUACACGAAGAGAAGGCUCUUGGGGCUGCUACAGUGAUCGAGAACCUUUGGAAAGCCCACAGAAGCUCCAGUAGCGAUUAG